AUGACUUUGGAUGUGGAUAAAAAAGAUGUUUAUUUAAAAAAAGAUCCGGCUCAAUUGGUUUUCCAAUUUGGAGAAUCUCCCGAACCAAACCAAGGUUAUAAAAAGGACAGUUAUCACAGCAAUAGUGGAUAUAAAAAAGAUAAUGACAAUAAUUAUUACCAAAAACAAGACAAAGACAGUGGAUAUAAAACGUAUGAAACAGCAGAUUAUGGAGAAUACAAAGAUAWCGGUGCCGGUUAUAGGGGUGAUCUGGGAUAUGGAGCACAAACAGUCUAUGCGACCGAUCAUUAUCCGGGACGUGUGGGCGAUAGUUAUGACAGUCAGAAAUAUGAUGAACCGGAAUAUAAAAUUAUAGAUUAUGGAGCCGUUUAUCCGAGUAAUGUAUAUGAAAAUAAAGUUUACAGCGAACAACCCGGRCAUGGGUUAGCCAAUAAUGGUUACGGUUAUGAUGUCAAAGGUUAUGACAGRAAAAGCUAUGAAGGACCCAUUGGGCAUCAAAAUAAUGGAUAUGGCGAGAAAAAAUAUAAAGACCAAAGCUAUAUUAGCCAGUCGUAUAAUGGCAAACAGUCACCUCAAUUGGGUUACCAUAAAAUUAUGAGUUAUGGUAAGGGCUAUCAAAUGUAUGAUCAGCCCAAAUAUGUACCCAAUAGAAAAUCAUAUCCAAUAAAUAGUAAUGGAUAUCAAGAAAAGUUAUACGAAGUUAAAUCACAUGGAUAUGGAAAUAAAGAUACAAAUAGUGGUUAUAGUAGUAGACCUCUUGUACAUGGAGUUCAUGAAAGACCAGUAUAUAAAGAUAUGUCAAAAAGCUAUGACUCCAGUGAGGGUUAUACGAAAAAUCAAGAAGUCGUGCCAUCAAAUAGUGGAAAAUAUGACGACAGCAACAUUUCUGUGUCUACCGGCAAAUACAUGGGUCCGGGAGAGUAUCAGUCAGCACAUGUAGGUCAUCAGUAUGAUCACCAAAGAGCUGGCGAUACGCACAGUGAUAGACAUUAUGUGAGACACGAUUCCGAUAUGCAUUACACUCAUCCUUCACACAAUUAUCAUCCCAUUAAUCAACAACACUAUCAUUAG